ACUGUCAUUUUGCCUUGCACCACCACCUCUCCUGGAGAGUUGAUCUCUUCCAAUUUAAUGCUCUACUGGCAGAUAGAAUCUGUCUUAGUGCACUUUUUUCGCAAUGGACAGGAUUUGCUGGAGUUGCAGGAUCCACGUUACCAUGGCAGAACUAGUCUUUUUUUGGACCAGAUGAAGCAUGGCAACUUUUCCUUAAAGCUUUCCAACGUCCAAUUACUCGACACAGCUGUAUAUACUUGCAUCUACAGACAGACUGGGGAUCUUCUCAACAAAACACAGAAAUCUAAAAUUAAACUCAUUGUAUCAGCUCCAUCUAGCAUUGAGGAGGCUCCUUCCCCUUCCGGACACAGUCAGAUUUCCUCCAGAAGCCCUGCUGAUGUGCCGUGUCUGGCUAUGCUUCCCCUCUCUUUCCAUCUCCUGGUCACACUGGCGGUUUGGCACUUGUAACUGGGGAAGCCAACCUUCUCUUUGGGAAGUUCUCCUCACCAGAAGACCUCACUGGGCGGAACAGCUCUGUAGGGUUAGCAUGACAACUGUUCUAGAGCCACAUGAAAGAAACACCACUAGCUGAAAACAGACCUAGCACUAUGUGUUUCUGUCCCACAUUUUGGUGUUCCACAAAACCAAAGGCAGCAAAACUCAGAGGUGGAAAGUCUGCUUUUCCGUUUGUUUCUUGGAGCGCAGUUUUAGUGCUGCCGGUAUGAACGUUUUAUUUUGGAUUUUGUGGGUUUGCUUUAAUAAUAGGAUAGAAGACUCACAAAACAACAAGGUCACGUUAUAAAUUACCCUAGUGAGAUCUUUUGCCCAAGAUCUCAUCUGCUGUCCAAGAGAACUGAAAGGAGGAAAAAGGGCAAUUACCCUCUGUGUCAGAUAAAAACUGGAAGUAGGGAGACGCUCGCGUUUUGUGAAACAUAAGAAAGGAAACCUUGUGAAACUUGAGCCUGUGGAACUUUAGCUUCUAUUUUUAGUCUUAAGCGUCACAGGCUAUCAGUAGCAACUUUUUUUCCACAAGAAAUGUAGUAUUUCUUCAGCGGAAGGGUAAAGCUGACCGAGAAAGAUGAUGGAAAGUUCAUAAAACAUCAACAUGGAGGAAGGAAGUGAUGUAUUAUUACAAAAAUCCACUAAAAUCCACUUCUAAAUAAGCCAAAAGCUUUAGAAGGCUGAAUUCAGUAUUUUCUCUUUUUGUCAUGAAACACAGCAAGGUAAAUGUGAUCAUCCCGCAAAAGCUGGAUUCUUAAGCUAGAACUGUGUGAUAAGAAAAUAUUACUGUGACAAUGUUACUUCUUUAAAAACGGUACCUUUGGAGGAAAAAAGAAUUAAAAACUGGUCAGAAUAAUUGUAACUGAUACCUAUGGAAAUUAAAUGGGUUUUGUUCUGGAAAUGUUCGAUUCAG